UUCAUCAUUCCAGUUGAAAUUGUUAUUGCAAGAUAACUUUUUGGCCAAAUUCUGCAAUUGUGCAGCCCUGCUCCUUAUCUACGCAUGUAACCAAAACUGUUGAAUCAGCACUAACAUGCUGGUCCUCACUACAGUGGUGCAGUAUAAAUGUGCAAGAGUGAAGCGCUCAGGUGCCUCUCUUAUGCCUGACUCGAACCAUGAGGACCAUGAUGAGACUUUCUUCCUACGUUUUCUUUAUUGUCUUUUGUGCUUUGGCGUUGUCCCAGCCGAUAAAAGACAGAAAAUGUUUGAGGGAGAAGGUCAUCACGUUCCCACAGCUGACCACCAACAACUGGGUGAAGCUCCACCCGAAUGAAUCCAUGAGCAUGUCUGCAGCCACUGUGUGUUUGCGAUUCUACACUGAACAAAUGAGUCUCGACCCAUGUCUUUUUUCUCUGGCUACACCGUCCUAUCCUCGAGACUUUUCUUUACGUUGGUUAAAUUUCAUGAAACAGUACGAGAUGACCAUUCAUAACUUCCAGGUUCAAUUCGAUGGGUUGAUGUUUAACAAUAAUCAUCAGGAUUCAGUGUGUGCGACAUGGGAUGCCAACAGUGGUCUUGCACAGAUGUUUGUGAAUAAAGUAGCAAGCAUUAAGAAGGCAGUGGGCCCUAAAGUAUCUUUUGAAGGAAACCCUGUCAUAACACUCGGCCAGUGUCAGACCCAAUAUGAUGGAGGGUUCAACCAACAAAAUGCCUUCACAGGUUUCAUAGCAGAUGUGCAUGUACAUGGACAAGUCCUGACCACCCGUCAGAUUAAGACCUACAUGGAGGCAAAGACCAAAUACAAACUUGGUGAUUACAUUAACUGGCACAAUCUGAUGUACACCAUUGCUGGGUCUGCACAAGUGGAAGAAAAGCAUCAAGUAACAUUCUAUAGCAAAGAAGAGCAGCAAUAGUGCUCGGUUGUACUGAACUGUUGUUGUAAUGUCAUGAGAAAUGAAUAAACAUCUUGACAGUGAACUUUGUGCUGAGUUUUCAAUAUUGACCAAACAAGAGAAACCUAACUGAUUUGAAUUACAAUCAGAUUUUGGUGCAGUUUAAUGAUCAGCUCAACAGUGGCCUCAAGUUUGCAUGUAUUCCCACCCACUCACUCACUUAAUACCCAUAUAAUGUCCAAUCUGUAACGUAAGAGGACUGGACACAACAGGUUAGUAAUAGCAAAGGUGUUUAUUGCAAGCACAGAGAGUUCGGGUGAUGAAUCCAGGCAAUAAUACGGUGAGUAUCAAUAUUGUAGGGAAGUUCUUGAGCUUGGAUGAGUGGUUGAUCUUUGUAUCUGAUUGUUACAGGAACAGGAACGGACAUGGGAGGGAAACACACACCUCAGUUUCCCGAGCCUGGGAGAACAGGAGACACAGGAGGGAUGAGGAGUCACUAGGAGGAACACAAGAGGUAAGUAUACAAUGACGGUAUAGCAAGUCAGAGAGUCCUCAACGAAUGAACGAGAUCUGACAGUGAAGGUGUCUGAGGUGUGUGCUUAUAUGCUGCUGGUGAUGAGGUGCUUGAUUGAUGACAGGUGUUCAGUAUUCGGGUGACAGGGAUCGUUGUGAUUGGGUGGUGAUGGAACCUGGCUGAUCCGUGACACAAACGGCCUGGGGUGCGUUUCCCAAAAGCAUCGUUAGCUAACUAUGGUCGUUAAUUCCAUUGAAUUCUAUUGGUAACGACAGAACUUGCGACCAUAGUUGUUUUUGGGAAACGCACCCCUGGUCAGGAAAGUAGGCUACUA